AUGGAUCCCAAUCUCGUCAGGGACAUGAUGGCCCAGUUGGGUCUCACAUCUAGUGACUUCGAUACGCUGCGUGGAUUGACAUCGUCGGCACCCAACGCGCCCCCAAGAAUUCAUCCAGGAAUGGCCCCAGAUGAACUUGAUACAGCCAUCCGAAACUACAAGAAAUGGCACGAAAAAGAUCGUCUGAUUCCCCCAGAGCCCGCCCCACACAUACCCGUUCAGAUCCUCUUGUCCAACCAUGCCUCCGCCCGCAGGACACAAGAGCAGGGCGAGGCAUCCACGGAAGGAGUAUAUACUAGAAUGACAAUAUCCGGUUUUCCCAAGCACUCGAGCACAGUUCCCCUGGAAGACUUACGAUUGAUCACAUUUGCUCAGAUGCUUGUCAGAAAUGUUCAUAAAGGCCGGUAUUUGCUUUGUCGUACCAUCGCCCCAUUCGCGCGGAUGUCAGCCAUUCAAACCGUCAUCGAGGACCCGGAGGGCAUCGCAGGCGUCCUCUCCAUCUAUAAUUUUCCGACUGCAUUUCAUUGCUCUACGAAACACCUCGAUUCACUGUUUCCUAUAGGUUCUAUCUUCGCCAUUCGCGAGCCGACAUUCAAAAUGCCCGCUCAAGGCACAGAUCCAAUUGUGCGAGUGGACUCCCCCACCGACAUCCAGCUGAUCGGGGCACAUAGCACCAUUCUCCACGAUGUGAGUUGGCGGACGGGUUCGCGUGUGCCCCGAUCACCUACGAUGACGGAUACUGUCGAAGGCUGGAAGAGUAAGGGCAAUAUUUAUUUCAAAAACUCGCUCUGGUUUCCUGCGGCGGUUGCCUAUUCACAUGGUCUCGAACUGGACCCAAAUGCUACCGUGCUGCGAGCUAAUCGGGCGGAAGCGUAUCUCCGAAUGGGGUUCUACUCCGGAACACUCGUUGAUGCACGGCGUGUAUGUUCUGACCCUGGAGUAUCUAAUACUAUCCGCGAAAAGGCACUCUACCGAGAAGCACGCGCUGAAUACGCUAGAGGGGAUUACGUGGAGGCAGAAAAACGUUUCAAAGAAUGGCAACAGUUUCACCCCGAAGAUAGCGAUGUAAAAGAAUGGAUUGCCCGAUCCCAAGCACGAUCAAAGGAGAGACGAACAGGCGUAUAUAAUUGGACGCGUUUGUUCGAAAUGUCUAAGUCUGAUGUCAACCUUGACGUCGCGGAUUACCAAGGACCUAUUGAAGUUAGCCGCUUUCAGCAUCGUGGGGGCGGCCGAGGAAUAGCUGCGACAAAAGAUAUCACUGUAGGGGAGCUAUUGCUUGUCUCGAAAGCAUUCGUAUCAAUCUCUAGCGAUGAUCUCAAGAAUGCGAAAGAGGUAAUGGUAUCUGUGGAUCUCAUCACUUCAAAAGCAAAUACACCGACUCAAAGUGCUGUUGUCUCGUACGUCACGGAGAAGAUUUACGGCAACCCGGAUCUUCAUGACCUCGUCUUUGGUCUUUACGCAGGUCAAUAUUAUCCCCCUCCUCCUCCUUCGUAUCCUCCAACGCUACCAUGCGAUCCCUUACCAGUGAAUCCUCUGUCGCCAACAGUAAAUAUCGAUAUCGCUCAAUUGGAGGCCAUAUGUGCGCAUAACCAGUUCAAUUCGAUACCUUUGCAUGCACAACCGUUGGGAGGUGUCGAGAAGGACAACAUUGAUUCAUGGACAGGGUUCUACCUCCUUCCCGCGCUAUUCAAUCAUUCAUGCGUAGCCAACGCAACCUGGACGUGCAUUGGUGAUGUCAUGGCCAUCAGGGCCACUCAGCCAAUCAAAGCAAGUGAAGAAGUUACGUUGCAUUAUACUACAGAAUUGUCGUAUGAGAAGCGCCGUCAGAUGUUGCAGCAGCAGUAUAUGAUCACCCUUUGUGACUGUUGGCUAUGUAGGGAUGAUCGUGCAGACGGAAAGACGGCUCUCGCGAAACGAGAAGAAUUGGUCGACCAGCUCCUCCAAGGCGGACUACGUCGAAGCCAACCGAUUUCCAGUUUUCGUACAUUCCAGAAAAAUCUCUCCUCGACAUAUGCGGUGACGCGAGGCUCGGUUCGUCCCGCUAUGUCAUUAGCUCAUCAAGCGACUGCCGCGAAGCUGAGCGAUCGCAAGACUUUAACCGCAUUCAAGCAGUAUGUGGAGGAGACAAUCAAAGCGCUAGCAACCUUAGGACUCGUGGUGUCGAAUAUGGAGACGACUCAGUCAUCACAGACUCUAGAAGUCUCCGAGUUCUCCCGUCUCCCUCCUACAAUCAGCUUUCAUCAGCCUACCCUAAUUAUACUCCAAUUGGUUCAUGAAUAUUUGGAUAUCGACGACAGACUGAACGCUACAAGAUGGCUUCGAGUUGCUAAAUGGCUGGUUAACGCUGCCGUUGGUGGCGACAGCGAACUUUUCAUGCUUAUUACGGCUGACCUCUUAGACGAACUUUACCUACGGGAGUUUGCACGGAGCGUGCUCUAG